AUGGACCCACCGGCUGAUGAUAAUUCAACGGCAGUUCAACAGCCACUUAUGGAUGUGACCGAAACAGAUGCAUAUCGAGAAAAAAUUAUUGCAUUUGUCAAUCCGAAAUCUGGUGGUUUGCAGGGACAAGUCGUGUUCGAACAAUUACGCGCUCAAAUUGGCGAAGCUAAUGUCUACGAUUUAGUUAAAGAUCACGGACCUCAACGAGGUCUAAAAGAAAAUCAACACGAGAAAAAUCUACGAAUUGUCGCAUGUGGUGGUGAUGGAACAGUCGGUUGGGUUUUAUCGGCCCUUGAUACAUCACAGAUGCAAUAUAUGGAUUUUAUCAGUGUUGGUGUUAUCCCGUUAGGAACGGGAAAUGAUAUGGCAAGGUUUUUGGGCUGGGGUGUCGGAUAUCGUGGUGAAGCAUUGGCACCAGUUAUUCAAUCGUUAGCAACGUCAGAGUCACGCUUGCUUGACCGAUGGCAAAUUGAUGUGAAACCUACAGCUUACACAGGAACUGCAAGUUUGAAAAUUCCCCAGCCUGUUUUCAAUAAUUAUCUAAGCUUUGGUGCAGACGCUCAAAUUGCUCUUGAUUUUCAUGAAAAACGUAAUGCUAGUCCACGUCGUUACGCCAAUCGAGUAUUCAAUAAAUUAGCCUAUGGUUGUAUUAGUUGUAACACAUUUUUCGAUCGUCAAUAUUUAUUUGGAAAUAUUGCAAAUCAUUUUGAACUUCAUGUCGACGGACGAAAUAUGGAUGAUGAUUUAUUCCGUUUCCGUCCGGAUGCUAUAUUGAUAUUAAAUAUUGCAUCAUAUGCUGCCGGAACAAAUCCUUGGCAAGGAAUUUAUGAUAAUCUUUGGUGUGCUCGAUCACAAUCAGAUGAUGAUCGUUUUCGCGAACAGAGCUGUUCUGAUGGAUAUUUAGAAAUAAUUGGCUUUAAACAUUUCGAAUUAGCACGAAUUCGUUUAGGUCGACGUGGACAUCGCAUAGCACAAGGAAGUGAAAUCAAACUAAUCAUACGACGUGAUUUACCAAUGGAAAUUGACGGUGAACCAUUUCUAUUGGGCCCAUGUCAGAUUGUUAUCACACGAAAAAAUCAAGCACGGAUGAUCAUUACUGAUCGAAGUCAAGCAGCUCAACAAAUUCAAGCAAAACGCGUUUAA